AUGGCCUCCAAUCCCGCCGGCCAUGACGUCCCCGAACAGCGUCCCGACAGCAGGAGGGUGCCGCGCAGGGUCCGGGAUUUCUUUUCGGUACCUGCUCCUGUGAAGCGCAUAUUCGAUCGAUUUCCCCUGGUUACAUACCCCGCAAAUGAUCUCCCGCAUUACCCCGGGUCAGGGCGACAAGGGAACCAACUGUUUGUCUUCAUCGAUGCCACGGGAGCUCGACGGGGGCGGCCGUCUUUCAAUCCCCAAUGCCUCAAGUGGCAGGCGUACCUGAAAUUUGUCGGAAUUGACUUUGAGCUCGUCCCUUCAAACAACCAUGCGUCCCCGUCUGGCGCCCUCCCUUUCCUCCUCCCAGCGCUCCCAAUCGGUAUCGGUGCACCGAUUCCCUCCAACAAACUGCAGAAAUGGGCCAUUGAAGAGGUCCACUGCGAAGAAGAGCAGCAACUGAACGUGCGCUUCGAAGUAUAUUCGUCCCUGCUGGACAACAGGAUACGGAGUGCUUGGCUCUAUCAUUUGUACCUGAAUCACGACAACUUUGGAGCUGUUGCGCGACGUCUCUAUGUCGAUCCUUCCACUACCAACGCCGCCGUUCGCGCUGCGUUGGCAGCACAGUUGCAGCAGGCUGCUCGAGACGAGCUCCUCAAGUCAUCGCCAUAUAUUGACGCUAGUGCUUUAGAGGCUGAAGCGGCGGAAGCAUUCGAAGCGCUCUCCACAUUACUUGGGCAGAAGGAUUACUUCUUCGAUCGACCAAAUCCGGGACUUUUCGACGCCAGUGUAUUUGCUUACACACAUCUGAUCCUGGACGAGAAGAUGGGGUGGAAGUAUAACCGACUGCAACAGUUAUUAUCACAGCAUAAGAACCUCGUCCAACACCGGGCGAGGCUGUUGGAGUUCUUUUAG